AUGGUCUCCCAGCCCAUCGGCACUAAGAAAUCGGUGCCUCUUACAACCACCACCACCAACACCACCACUACCAAGAAAUCCAGCGUCCCUCCCAUCAAAAAGUCCCCUCCCGCCUCGCAACCCACGAAAAAGAACCCCACAGCCGUCCAACCCGCCAAAAAACCAACCUCCACCCCCAUUGGUGCCAAAAAGCCCCUUCCACCACCCUACAAACCCACACCUGCCUCCAAACCACUCAAAACUCCCAACUCCAAGCCCGUCGCCCACAAGAAACCUACCCUACCAAGGACAUUCGCAUCCCAGCAAUCCGCCCAACCCCAAAGUUGGCUUACAAAAGGUCUGGGUGCCGCAUCUUCGGGCAUCAGCAACACCGCCAGCGCCGCGGCCUCUGGAAUCGGAAGUGCAGCAAGCGCGGUGGUUAUGGCGGCUGGAAAUGGUGUGGCGGGUGCCGGCAAGGGCGCAGCUGUCUCAAUCGCAAAUACAUCGCGCACCUGGGGGGACACAGUUCGCGAGUACGGAAACUCGCUCAAGGACAUAUCGGGUGCACAGGGCACUCGGGCGCCGACGAAGGGGAAUCCGCUGGGAUUGAGUACGAGCGGGGCGGGGGCCAUGAGUGGCUUGUCUAGUGUUGGAGGAGGAAUUGGUGGUAAUGGCACGGCGAAGAAGGCAAGUGCGAGUAAUCCUUUGGGAUUGUAG